AUGGCCGACACGACUCAGGCUCCUAUCAACGGCACCUACCCCACGCAGGUGUACGCCGACUCCUACAACCACGUCAUGAACAACUCUGCCAACUUCCAGCCUGCGCAGUCGUCCACGCCCUCGAAUGCGCCCCCCGCCGAUCAGAAGAAUGGAAUUUCCAAAGAUGAAGUCGGUUGGUAUUUCGUCGAGCAGUACUACACCAACAUGAGCCGCAGUCCAGACAAACUCCACCUCUUCUACUCCCGGCGGUCGCAGUUCGUCUUCGGUACUGAGGCCGAGUCGGUUCCCGUCGCGGUUGGUCAGAAGGCCAUCAAUGAGAAGAUCAAGCAGCUGGAUUUCCAGGACUGCAAGGUCCGCGUCUUGAACGUUGAUUCCCAGGCCUCAUUCGACAACAUCCUAGUACAUGUCAUUGGUGAAAUUUCCAACAAAUCUGAGCCGUCCCGCAAGUUCGUGCAGACUUUCGUCCUUGCCGAGCAGCCCAACGGCUACUACGUGCUGAACGAUAUCUUCCGUUACCUCACCGAGGAGGAAGAGGACGUCACCGCCGAGGAGCCCGCCCCGGCUGCUCAACAACAGCAGCAGCAACCGCAGGAGCAGCAACAGGGGCAGCAACAGGAGCAGCCGCAGCAGGCUCCUGAGGCCCCCGCAGAGCCAGCUGCUCCUGAAGCCGCCCCUGCUGCUCCAGAUGCUCAGGUGGACAACGAGCCGGCUGUCGCCAAGGUCGAUGAGAAGCUUGAAGAAGCUAAGCCUAACGGCGAGGCCGCGGAGCCCAAGGCUGCUCCUGAGACCAACGGUGUUGCUGAAACGCAAGAGGCUCCUGUCGCUGCUAGUGCUCCUGCUCUCGCCGCUGAGCCGGAGUCGACCCAGACUGAAUACCCGCCAAGCCCGGAGCCAACCCCCAAGGCUGUCCAGAAGGAAGCCCCCGCUCCUGAAAAGGAGGCCCCGGCUCCCACUCCGGCCGCCCCGGCCGCCCCGAAGACCUGGGCCAACAUUGCGUCCAAGCCGGGUGCCGCUCCAGUUGUUCCUGCUAUCCCUGUUGCUGCUCCCAAGGCUCCCGCUCCCACCUCUGCUCCCCAGGCUGCGGUGCCUGCUGCUCCCGCUCCUCAGCCGGCGGCUGCUCCCGCCCCUACCCCCGGCCAGCCUGCCGCCAACGACAACAAUGGUUGGCAAACGGCUGGUCACGACCACAGGAAGACCCAGUCGCGUGGCGUUGACGAACAAGUCUCUGGUUACAUCAAGAAUGUUACCGACAAGAUUGACGCAGGCUUGCUGAGGCAGACUCUGUCGCGUUUUGGAAAGGUCAAGAACCUUGAAGUGAGCCGUCCAAGGAACUGCGCCUUCGUCGACUUUGCAGAGCCUGCUGGUUAUGCUGCUGCUGUUGCUGCUAACCCCCACCAGAUCGGAAGCGAACAAAUCAACGUGGAAGAGCGCCGUGCCCGUAACUACGGCAAUGCCAAUUACGGCCCUCGUGGUGGCGCUGGCCGUGGCCGCGGAGACCGUGCAGGUAGCCAGGGCCGUGGUGGUUUCCAGCGUGAUGGCCGCGGUGGUUUUGUUCCUCGUGGCCGUGGAAACUUUGGCCCCAAGGGUCAGGGUCGUAACCAGGCCCAGACUGCUUAA